AUGAUUACAUUACGAUACGCACAUCAUAAUCAGAGAUUUGUGAAGGAUUUCAAAACUGAAUGUUUUGCUUUCCUGAGUGUUUAUUUGUACAGUGAAGUUUUUCCCUUUCAUCCCGAAAAUACUCUUGAGAGUUCACUGUGCUUCCGUUGUAACCAUGAAGAAAAUUCAAUGAAGGCAAUGCGAACAGAGUGCAUAAAAAAAUUCCCUUUUAUGCGUGGAUUAGUACUUCAUGAAAUGCAUAACUUCCGGAGACAAUUUUAUGUAAUUGUUAGUAAUUGGGUCGCACUUGGCUUGCUUCCGAUGCUUGCCACCAUCACUUUUUAUGAGCAUGUUGGGUUAAGGAUGAAAUCUGAGAAAGUUAAAAAAGGAUCAAGUUUUGUUAUUAAAACUUCUUCAACUGUAAAUUUUACGUUGAUAGGAAAACCACAAACUAAACUAAAAGAGGACGAGAUGACAAAAGCUUAA